AUGGAACAGGCACUCGACUACGAUUGUGAGGUGCAGGGACAGCAGGACAUUCCGCAGGCCAUCCAGCUGCUGGGAGAGAUGAACAGCAAUGUGAAGCAGGUUACAGAUCUCGUCGAGGGAAUGCUGCAGCGUGUCAAGCGUGGUGAACUGAGCACAGAGUAUGGCCUGAGUUUUCUGGAGGUCAAGUAUCACAUGCUGUUGGACUACUUGAUCAACUUGACAUAUGUGGUGCUGCGUAAAUGCUCGGGAGAGACCAUUGAGGGUGAUCCUUCGAUUGAGCGCUUAAUUGAGAUACGCACUGUGCUGGAGAAAAUACGUCCCAUAGACUAUAAGUUGCGCUAUCAGAUUGACAAGUUGGUGAAGACGGCCACCACAGGUGUGUCGAGCAGCACAGAUCCCAUACUCUACAAGCCCAAUCCGGAGGAUAUGUUGAGCGCAGCAGGCGCCGGCGACGAGGAGGACGAUGACGAUCAGGCAGGCAGCGACAGUGAUGAGGAGGAAGAUGAAGAUGACGAGGCUGGCGCUGCGAAAAAGCCGCGCAAAGCAUCCACAGCUGGCAAAUCCGGAGUCUAUGUGCCGCCGCGCAUUAAACCCGUAUACUACGACGGCGAUGAACGUGACGCGGACAAGGAAAAGAAGGCUUUGGAUCGUGCCAAAAAGCGUGCUAUCACUUCAUCUAUGCUACAAGAUCUGAAGGAGGAGUAUUUGGAUGCGCCCACUGAGCUGUCAUCGGGCUCACGGGCUCAGCAGCUGCUCUCGAAGACGCAGAAGGAAAAGCAGGAGUAUGAGGAGGACUACUUGAUGCGUCUGCCUGUAACCAAAGCGGAGAAGCAUCGUCAGCGCAAGCUCACCACAUUGGGCACUCUUGGUGAUGAAAUUCUUGGCGAGAUUAGCCGCGAGUCGGCACUGCGUGGCGAUGGCGUUAGCAAAAAACGAAAAUUGGCCAAGACACGUGGCAAGGGAAAGAAACGUGGCGGCAAGAAGCGAAAGUUCCAUUAAUAAUGUCAAUCAAAUUAGUUUAUUAAUCAGUUAUAUUAAUUGUUUCGGUUACAGUUUUCCAUUGCUUUAAAUAUUUUCAAUUAUUAUUGUGCUUAAAAGUUAUUAACGAUUUACUUUCUGAUUGUGUUUUCAAUAGAUUAAUUAUAUUUUGUAAUUAUUAAUGAGUUAGUUAAGUUUCUUUUGAUUUGUAACUGAAAAUUUAAUAAAACCUCUUACAACUA